AUGGCGAGACUUACUCGGUACAACAUCAUCAUUGGCAUGAUUGUUGCCACUGGCACUUUCGGGUAUGGAUUCGGGUUUGGAGUAUUCGUCACCAGCAUCGGCCAACCCGGCUUCUACAAGGACUUCAACCUUGAUCGUGAGUACCAGAGAGCGAACUUUGAAGUUACGAUGACGCUGACAGACACGAUAGCGACGAGCAAGUAUACUGCAAAUGUCUUGGGCGCCGUCAAUGCCCUCUUCGCGGCCGGAGCUGCCUUUGGCUCCCUCUUCCAAGCCUCGUUGACUGACUGGAUUGGACGCAAAAAAUCUCUCGCAGCGUCGGCAUUGUUCUCAUUAAUCGGAGCUGCCUGGACUGCUGGAUCUCCAUACCUGGCAAUGCUCAUUACAACCAGGAUCCUGCAUGGAUUUGGUCUCGGCAUGUUGAUAUGUCUGGUCCCAUUAUAUCUCACAGAAAUAUCCCCACCACACUGCCGUGGAAUCAUGUCCGGCAUGACAGUUAUGGGAUUUGGGCUCGGCUAUGUCGCGGUCGCCUGGGUUUCGGUGGCAACCUACUUCGCAAAGAAUGAGACUUUGCAAUGGCGUCUGCCUCUUGCCCUGGCCUGCGUCGGGCCCCUAGGCCUCCUCCUUGGUAUAUAUUUCGUGCCAGAAUCUCCUCGCUACCUGUGCUGGAUAGGCCGUCACGAAGAGGCGCUUCAGGUCAUCCAACGUCUUCAUCGCGAUCCCUCAGACCCGGAGGAUUCUAGUGCCCAGGCCGAAUUCAUCCAGAUUCGGGCCCAGGUCGAAAAGGACAAAGAGCAGAAAUCGGGGUAUGUCCGCAUGUUCACGAAGCCGAGCUGGCGGAAACGCUCACUUCUCGUGCUCUUCCUCAUGUUCGGGUCCCAAGCAACCGGGGUCAACGGCAUUGUAAACUAUUUGGUCCGCAUAUUCGGGACGUUGGGUCUCAAAGGUGUCAUGCCAUUGCUCAUUUAUGCCGUCUAUACCAUUGUUGGUACUACAGCCGCCUUCGUGGCCUGUUUCACCAUGGACAAGUUCGGACGGAGGAAACUUUUCCUGAUCGGCUUCCCAGCCCUGGCUGUCGAUCUUCUCAUCGAAGCUCUUCUUCAGCGACAAUACCUAGGAUCGACCAACCAAACAGGCAACGGUGUCGCGGUGGCCUGUAUUUUCCUCUUCAUUAUCCUGUUCCAGUUCAUCGAUGCGCCAUCGUUUGUGUGGUGCUCCGAGAUCUUCCCCACCACGAUUCGAGCAAAGGGCAUCGGGCUGAGCAUGUUUUCGUAUUUUGUCGGCUUCAUCACCUUUUCUACGCCAGGCCCACUGGCUUUUCGGAACAUUACCUGGCGAUUCUACCUGAUCUUCAUGGCCUUGUGCAUCGUCUGCGAAGUCGUCGUCUACCUCUUCAUUCCCGAGACCCGUGGACGGCCCGUCGAAGAGAUGGGCGCGUUGUUUGGUGACGACGUCGUGCUGCACCUAACGCUGGACGGCCGGGGCUUGGUAGAGAAGACUGAGGGUAUGGUGCUGGAACAGAUCGAAGUCGUCGACCUUAAAACGCAGCAGCAGGUCUAG